AUGUUGGUGCAAGAAGCUUUUCCCGCCAUCACCCCAAAAACCCAUCGAACUUCAAGAUUUCUGCAACAAUUUCUCUUCAACAUCUUCCAAAGCGCCAAUACCGUUAGAAAGACCACCCAAAUCCACACCCAGAUAAUCAUCAAUGCCUUUACCCAAAGAAAUUUCAUCAUUGUCAAGUUGCUUCAAUCCUAUGUAUCUUCAGGUUAUCUUCAUCAAGCCCACCAAGUUUUUGAACAAAUCAACAACCCUAGCACUACUUCCUGGAAUCAAAUCAUUAGAGGGUAUGCUUGGACUGAUACGCCUCGUGAAUCAAUCCAUUAUUUUGAUGAAAUGCUGGCAUCAGGAGAGAUACCGGACGAGUAUACUUACUGUUAUGUAAUGAGUGCGUGUGCUAGGGGGAAAUUGUUGCGACUGGGAGAGAAGUUUCAUGGGAGGGUUUUAGCAGGCGGGUUUUGUUCAAAUCUGUAUCUGCAAACUAAUUUAGUGAAUCUUUAUGCUGUGGUUGGGGAGGGAAACUAUGGUGGAAUUAAGAAUGCACAUAAGGUGUUUGAUGAAAUGACCGAGAGAAAUGUGGUGACAUGGAAUACACUGCUUGCUGGGUAUGUCAAGUGUCGUGAUAUCGAUGGGGCAUGUAGAGUGUUUGAUGUAAUGCCGGAGAGAAAUAUUGUUUCAUGGACAACAUUAGUUUCAGGGUUUGCACAUAAUGGGGGUUGUAAGGAAGCAUUAUCUUUGUUACGUAAAAUGUUACAGGCUCGUAUGGAAUUCGAUCAAGCGAUCCUGGUGGCUGCUUUAUCUGCUUGUGCAGAGAUUGGUGAUUUGAAGAUGGGGAGGUGGAUCCAUUCUUACAUUCACAGGAGUUGGCACAUGAAGAACGAAGAACACACAGUUUGUCUAAAUAAUGCACUCUUGCACAUGUAUGCCGGUUGUGGUCUUAUUGAUGACGCGUAUGAACUAUUCAAGCGAAUGCCCAUUAGAACUACAGUCUCGUGGACGACCAUGAUCUCAAGUUUUGCAAAACAAGGCCGUGGGAAAGACGCUCUAAGUCUCUUCCAGUCGAUGGAAAAUGCAAAAGAUGAUAGUCCAAAACCAGAUGCCAUAACCAUACUAGCUGUCUUGAAUGCCUGCAGCCAUUCUGGUUUUGUUGAACAAGGCCGUCGUGUCUUCAAAAACAUGAAUCUGAUUUGGGGAAUUAAGCCCAAAAUCGAGCAUUAUGGCUGCAUGGUUGAUCUUUUAAGCCGUGCUGGCCUCUUGGAUGAAGCACUCACGCUUCUCGAAUCUAUGCCCAUGGACCCAAACGACACUAUCUGGGGCGCACUUCUUGGUGGUUGUAGAAUCCACAAGAAUGUAAAGCUUGCAUCUUUAAUUGCUCAAAAGAUUGCUAACUUGAAUCUUGAAGAUGAUAAAGUUGCUGGCUAUCUAGUUCUAUUGUCAAACAUAUAUGCGGGUGCCAAGAAAUGGAAAGAGGUUGCAAAUGCUAGAGAAAAGAUGGUUCAGUUGGAAGUAAGAAAGCCUCCUGGAAGAAGUUGGGUCCAAAUAGGUGGAUCGGUUCACGAGUUCUUGGCAGGCGAUACGAUUCAUAAGCGCACAUCUUUGAUCUACAAGAUGCUUCUUUUAGUCACAAUCGAAGCCGGGUUAAGUGGAUAUGAGCCUGAUGUUUAUGAGGCAGCAGCACAAACUUAAAGUUGCCCAACAGGUAUUGUU